CUUAUUUUUCCCUUAUUAUAUUUAUCAAUCUCAUAUUGAUUGUAACUGAACAAGUGCAUUUUUACAUGGCAACCUUUACCUUCUGCUUCGCCAUCUUCUGCUAGAUCACGUAAUAGACCUAAACUAGAAGAAAAAUGGGUAAACAUUUCGGAGAGUUGACUAAGCUUCGAGGCAUUAUUCAGUUCCGCCUUUCGCCUCACGAACAAAGGGCCUUUGCCGGAGCCCUUUCCCAAGGAAUCCCCAACACCCUUCGUCGUAUUUGGAGCGAAUUGUUCAUCAUGGGCGUCCCUCUUGGACUAUGCUACUUGGUAUAUGACCAGACAGAGAAGGAACACACUCGUCUAUUGCGGAAAAACCCUGCUGACUUUGAACAUGAAAAGUAAAGUUGUUCAUAAGCCACACAUUCUGUAGACAGUAAAUACAUUGAAAACUUAUUCA